AUGGUGCUGAAGAUUUCGCCGGCGACCUUCACGCUACAGCACUGCAAAACAAGGAGAUUUGUGACACUGACCUCUGGCAAUACUUUGGCUGCUACUGCUGAUACUGCAAAGGCUGGGAACGUGGAGAUUUUUCGACUGCCAUCAGACCAGAUUCCGGGAAAGGCUUUAAUGAGUGUGGAUGGCGUGUGGUUCGAUCAAGAUGGUGUGGCUACCGAUCACCCCGUAGCAUCUGAACUGGAAGAAGAUGGGCAGAGCGUGAGACUGCGAGACGAAAGGUAUGAACUUGGACCCUGCACCCGGUUGCCGAGCAGUUCCAAAGCCCGUUCGGGGAUCUUCUUUCCUCCAGGCUGGCCUACCUCCAUGCCGGAUGGCUAUGAUGAAUACAUGGCCUACGAAUUGGUGGUUAGCAUCGUGGCCACCCCCAUUAGCCUGCUCAAUUACUUCAUUUUUUGGAAGUAUGUGGCUGGGGUGGGAGAUGGCACCAAAAGCCCGGCUUUUGCGUGCUUCUUGAUGUUGUAUUUGGAUUUUGUGAGUAUACUCAGCGGCCUACUUAGUGGGUUGCCGAUGUUCGCCAAGCACUACGAUCAUAGGUGGUUGUGCCUCAGCUUCUUCCUUAACGCCUUUGCCACGGGGACCAUCGUCGUGGCUCAGGUUUGCCCCUUGCCGUGGUACCUCCUGCUGUCCGGACUUGCGCAGCCCUUCAAGAGUUUGGCGGGCGUUGCAGGCAAGACGGUGAGUGCGGAACUGGAAAGACGUUUUGCCAGCCAUCCCAAUGUCGACUUGAUCCAUUUGAAGUCCUGCAAGAGGAAUCGCGACACCGUAUUGAACCUGCUGAGCAGUAUCCUUUGUGUUUGCUACGCGUUCCACAUGUACAACUGCAGCAUUGACCCAAGCUUGCCAGGAAUGAUCCUGACCUUCUUCAUGCUCUUGUCCUUCAAACUGGCCGCGGAGUACAAGAAGUCCCAGGUGGCGGCAAGAGUAUUGACAUCAGAUCAGGCGUCAGCAUCGUACGACCUCAUUGAGGACGAAGCUUCCCAUCAGCCGAGGAUGGAGCCUCAAGGCACAGAGCAAUCCUCGGAGGUUCCCACGCAUCGCUUCACUGCAAAGAAGUUUGCUUGGACUUUGCUGCUGGUCGCGGCCGAAGCAGCUGUCUACGGGGGCCUGGUGACCACCUUGUCGGCCAGCAAGGAUCAACUGGAACCCUGCACUGAAAGGUGUUUGCAGUUCAAGUUUUUCGGCGACGGCUCAGCAAUUCCUGGCACUGGCAUGUUCCCCUUUCCCGUAAAGAACGGACAGGACCAGCGACUUCUCUCUGAGACCUGCGUCGCCUAUGGCGGAAUGGACUGUGACGCCUUCAUCGGAGCCUGUAGUGUCUCCAGAUGUGAAGAGCGGCACGUGCGACGCAUGGUGGAAGAUCGAUUGAGCCGUUCCAAGUCUAAGAUGGGCUUCAUCGCUUCGAUUGCCGUGUAUUCCGCUCUAAACUUGGCACAUGACCUGGGAUUAGAGGCGCACUUGCUGGGACCCAACGAUGCGGUCAUGCUCCAGAUCUUCGCUUCACUUUCCAUGGCCGUUAUGGCAGCCUGCGCAUUGAUGUGGGCUUCUGGUGCCAUGGAGCUGUUCUACAGUCCCUCCGAGUCCUGUGGCUGUUAUUUCCGCCUGGCCGCCGUGCCCUCUGUGGUGGCCCUCGCCUUGCCGUUGAACUUGGUGAGUCGCUUGAGAUCGAACGUCCAGCAGGCCAUGUAUGCUGCGAUUAUUGAGUCCAGUUGCUUGCGAACAGUGUCCUUCUCCGUUCCCUACCACUUCAUCGAGACCGCGGGGAUCAAUGGAGCUGAAAGCCUGGGGCAGCUGAGUUUGCUGGGUGUAAAAGGCCUGGGUUGUCCACGGCCAGGACACGUCGGCGUGAAGACCCACAACCCCUGGCUGCUCUUCGACCGCCUCAUUGGAGCCAGGAGCGUGAAGCGUUGGGCCCAGUGGCUCCCGUUGCUGUCGGUGGGGAUUAUUUUGUUUCCUCUACUCUUCUCCAGUAGCUUCAUCGUGUACCGCAUCAGUGAUCUUUUCCUGGCAUGGCUUGAGGAUUGGCUGUCCAAGCACGUGGGACAGCCCUGGCAACUGGACCGAAGUUGUGGCACUUUGGCCCUCUUUGGGGUCUAUAGCAUGAUCGGCAUGCAGGCCCUGGUGAUUGGCUACUUCCUCUCUGGGCUGUGGACGUUGUACUCCAUUCUGGCCGUUCAACUGGGAGAUUGGCCCUCUGAUCCUCAGAUGCUUGCUCGUCUUAUCAGCGCCAAACCUGAGCUGCGGUGGACCUUGAGCAUAGCACGUAGAUCCUACACGCGAUGACAAAGGGUUCCCGGUGUUAGCCUUCUG